AACCAAGUGAAUAAAACAAAAAAUAUAACCUCAAAAUCGUUAACGUUUUCUACCGAAACGUUGUUUAAUAAUUUAAUAUUGUUCAAUUAGAAACAGAAAAAUGUUGUACGGACCAGAUAUGAGUAGUGACGAUGAAGAUGGGUUGUCAGACGACAACGAAUACUACGAAUUUAAGGAAAAACUAAAAGCUGUACAAAGACAGGCAGCCGAAAACAUAGAUACAGAAGCUGAAGAAAAGCAGAGGCAAUUAAAAACUAUUUUUUCGGCCAUUUCAUUUGGAAGGCCAGAAACUGUAUUCACAGAACUUGAUACAGGUGUAGACGUCGAUGUAGAUCUAGAAUUUGGAUGGACGCCUUUCCUUCUAGCGUGCACAACAGGAGACGAAAGAAUAAUUUCUGGUCUUCUUGAACGGGGUGCCAAUGUUCAUCAAAGAAAAGAUGGCACUACUCCACUAAUGUUAUUGUGUGCAAUUAAUUCAAAUGAUGAAACUGUAGAACAAAGUAUACUAACAUGUGUUAAAUUAUUAUUAGAAAGGGGUGUAGAUGUAAAUAUCGUUGAUAGUAAAAGACGGACGGCCAUAAUGUGUGCUGCAAAUAAUGGCCAUUUAGAGACUGUUAAACUAUUGUUACCUCUAGUAGAUAAAAACGCGGAAGACAAUCAACGAUGGGAUGUCCUUUUCUGGGCUGUGGACGGCAAUCACCUAAAAAUCGUGCAAUUUCUUUUAAGCCAAGGCUUCACAUUUGCAAAAGUAGAUAUCAGAGGGAACACCGCGGCAGAUUUGGCCCACUCCAACGGCUUCCAAGACAUUGUAGACUUAUUCCCUAAAGAUCCAUUUGACGAGUUUUAUUCACGCCUAAACAACAAUGAACUGAAUUUUGAAGAAACUUUUGAUGUUUUGGGGAAAAAUGAAAAGCCACAGUUCUUCAGUGAUAUUUGUAAGAUACUGCGUGGGACUAAAAGUGAACACGUGAUGCCAAUUUUAUGGGACCAGAAAAUUACGCUGGGCGAAUUUCUGGCACUUACUGAUACCAAGCUGCAAGAACUAGGGGUGCAAUUUCCAUACCAAAGGCAGCGAAUAGUAGGGGGUUUAUACAAGUUUCAUAAACACCCAUUUAAACCACAGUCAAUUCCUUUUAUUAAGAGGGAUCAAAUGUAUACAAAUAUUGAUGUUGCCGCAAGUGUACUUACGUGUAUCAAACAACUUCACGCAAUGGAGGCCGGACUCAAAUUUGUUAUAGCAAAUAGUACGCAGAAAUUAAGCCUACCUGAGUCCAAGGAAAUGAAUAUCUUGAUUGCUAAAACCCGUCAACAAAUUAAUCGAUUAAAUAUAAUUUCUCAACAACUAGUUAAAAAGACCGAGCAGUGGGACUCGACGAUCAAACCUGCAGAUAAGAUUACGAAGAAAAGGUGGAACAUUCCUUGGUCCAAUCUCUGCUUAGGUGUUAGCAUUGUAUCACUGAUUGUAGUGUACAAAUUCUGUUGAGUCUCAUUUCCAACAAUUCACGCCAAAACACUUAAAAUCCAUGAUUUGUUAUUAAAAAAUUGUUUGAUGCUUC